UUCUCUAGCUCCAUCCCCAGCUUAUAUGCUACUAUAAAAAUGGAGUGAAUUUCACAUCUUGCACUUUACUCCUUUUCCACAACUUGGGACAACUUGGGAUAUUCAACCCUAAUCAUGAGCAGGAACUUCUUGUCCAAAAACGAUGAGCUUCGCAAGGGAGACUUUCUGAUUUCCAACAACAAGGAGUAUAAGGCUGUCUUCCAGGUGAGUAACUCCAAAUAUUUGUGCACUCCAAAGUUUUUGAAGAUGCACACUCUGAUAGCGAUCAAAUGUCUCUGUUUCUGCCUGCAGGAUGAUGGUAACUUUGUCAUCUACGGCUGGAAGCCUGUGUGGGCUUCAGACACUUGUGGUUCAGACGUUUUCCGCCUGUGCAUGCAGGCUGACUGCAACCUGGUCAUGUACAACAAGGCUAACAGUCCCAAAUGGCAAACAAACUCCCACAAGCCAGGAGAUUGCAACAUGUGCCGUCUUCAUCUGACCAAUGAUGGCAAACUGGUGGUGUACAAGGAAAGUGAUGAAAUUUGGAGCUCUGCUAACUCUAGAGGCAUGAAAUGAUGUCAUGACAUGACAAGCCUAUUAAAAUUGAAUGCUUUGCAAAAGAAAGUCAUCUCUGGAUGGCAGCUUGAAUUACAAUCAACCUGCCAGCCAUGUAAUCUGUAAUCAAAUAAAAACACAUUUUCACAAUGUA